CCAGGAAGAAAUACUCAGACUGGCUGUAUUUCCAGGGAUGCCACCAGAGCUCAAGGCUGUCGGCCAAUCCUGCCCAGAAGUGCCACCCUUCGGGGCAGGACUUGAUGAAGGCUUUCAAUCUGAUGAAGUGGGUUUGCUAGAGGUGGCCUUGAAACUAGAGUAGACCCGUCAUGUGGCCUUUAUAAAUAUGCGUUUGAGACAGAGUUGUAUGCAGAAGAUGAAAAUGCCUGGAAGAUUUCUGGCUUCUCUCACUUCUUUUCCAUCCUUUUUGCAUCUCUGUCUGUUUGGGAUGAUAUGAUAUUCAGAGGGGCACCUUAAUCAAAGCUGUUCUUCAACAAGACACAUCUGGCAGGAGAUUGUAUACACAAUUCAAGAUGGCCAGUCAACCGCCUGAAGACACUGCAGAGUCUCAGGUCUCUGAGGAGCUGGAGUGCAAGAUCUGUUAUAAUCGAUACAAUCUGAAACAGAGGAAACCCAAAGUGCUGGAGUGUUGUCAUAGGGUUUGUGCCAAAUGCCUCUACAAGAUCAUAGACUUUGGUGACUCUCCACAGGGUGUCAUCGUCUGUCCUUUCUGCAGGUUUGAGACUUGCCUGCCAGAUGAAGAAGUUGGUAGCCUACCCGAUGACAACAACAUCCUGGUAAACUUGACUUGUGGAGGCAAAGGGAAGAAGUGCCUGCCAGAGAACCCCACUGAGCUGCUGCUGACCCCCAAGAGGCUGGCCUCUCUGGUCAGUCCUUCUCACACAUCCUCCAAUUGCCUGGUCAUAACCAUCAUGGAGGUACAGAGAGAGAGCUCCCCAUCUCUGAGCUCCACUCCUGUGGUAGAAUUUUACAGGCCUGCAAGUUUCGACUCUGUUACCACUGUGUCACACAACUGGACUGUGUGGAACUGUACAUCCCUGCUGUUUCAGACAUCCAUCCGGGUGUUAGUGUGGUUGCUAGGUUUGCUGUACUUUAGCUCUUUACCCUUAGGGAUCUACUUACUGGUAUCUAAGAAAGUCACCCUUGGGGUCGUCUUUGUCAGCCUUGUCCCUUCGAGCCUUGUUAUUCUUAUGGUUUAUGGGUUUUGCCAGUGUGUUUGUCAUGAAUUUCUAGACUGUAUGGCACCUCCUUCUUAGCUGAUAUGCAAAAUAAGAAAUUUGACUCAUAUUGCCAUGUUUGAAAUUAGAAAUUUAUAAUUGUUUUCUUUUAUGUUCUUUAUGAUUAGUAUCCAUGACGUUAACAAAGCCUUUGGCCAUAUGUUGGCUUGAUUGGUUUUCCUGUAUGCUGGAAGUAAAAACAUUCAUUUCUACUUAGGGUUUAGCAAAGAAGCAAAACUGUAUAAACUCAGCCUUCAUAGAGCACUGAUAGCAGUGAGUCUUCCCAGAGAAGGGACAGAAUUUCACUGAGCACUGGCAGACAGACAGCAGAGGUGCACUGUGUAUGCUUGGAAGAGGUAUCUGUGGAGAGUUAGGAAGGAGCUCAUCCCUCUUUUGUAAUCAUGGAUAUUCUAUCAUGGCAGGUGGAUACCAGAGGAAGGUUGCUGUAAGACAUAUCUAUGUGCAAAGUAUGAAUACCUCCUCAUACUCCUGCUGAUGCAGUCCCCUGGAAUGGCUCUCAGGAGUCUUCUGUCUUAAGUUAAUGUCACUCUCUGUGGUCUACUAUGCCCGUUGAGAUGCCUGUUCCCUCUGUACAUUCUCCCUUGCCAAGAGGAAACCCGCCCUCAUUCCCUUGGGUGGUAUUAACCGAAUACCUGCUUUGCUGCGGUACUAAAGAAAAUGAAAAACAUCAAGGAAUUUGCAUCAAAGUCAACUUCAUGGUAGGAUAUGGCCAUUUGUCUUUGAGAUACACUUUUCUAUUGUUUAUUGUCCUCCUCAGGUUCUCUGAGAAGAACUAAGGAGAAUGAACUUCUCAUAAAGCAGUUAUUGUUCAUAGAAACCUUCAUUUGAGUCUUUCCUUAAAACAUUUAUU